CUAAAGAAGCGCCAGGAAGAACUGGGUCUCUCGGAGAAGCAGUUCCUCCAACUGAACCACAUGACUAACACCACAAAGUCUCUACCCACGUCUUAUAUCAGUCCUUAUGGCAGAGUGCAUCCACCAGUACCCCCUCCACCUACAGCAGCACCACGUACUACCAAUAUGCAGAUUAGGAGUGGACGUAUAAGAAGACCACAGACUGCCCCAGCUGUUUCUGAGAUCAACAUGCGAACUAAUGCUGAGCUGAGGUUCGAGUAUUUAGGAGGUGGCAUCAAAUUAAUGUCCGUUUUUGAUCCACGCGUGUAUGUUGAAGUUCAUCAGCAGCACUGUGGUGGCAAUAAUAUUUGCUUAUUUAAGGGAAAACUUCUAGCUAAAGAUCAAUUUACUGUAACUUCAAAGAGGCACUAUGGAAUGCCUUUUGGGAUGUCACUCUACGUCAACGGGCUCAUUAACUGUCGCAUCAGCUCUUGCUGCGAGUACAAGCACAAGCAAGGACAGGUUCUGGGCGGUGGGAAAUCCUCCGCUAACUUUCGCCUCUUGAAAGUUGAGGGAGGUCAGCCGUGCUACCUCUGCAAGUUUGGACAUGCAAAUCAGUCAAAACUCUUCCCUCCAGCAUUUAAACCUAAAACUACGCCUGUGAAGACAACAAUGAAAAUUGAAGAAGAACUAAAGACAAAUGGAAAAGAGGAGGAAGAAAGAGAGGAGGAUGGGAAGACAGCAGAGGAAGAGAAAUUGUCAGAUGAUGAAUAUGAUGAUGAAGAUUUCGAACAAGAGGAUGAUGAUGAGAAAAAAGAUGGUGAUGAAGAAAUAGAUGGACAAGAAGAGGAAGAGAGAGAAGGAGGAGAGAAAGAAGAAGAAGAAGAUGAAGAUAAAAGAGAAGAAGAAGGAGGGGGAGCAGGAGGGGAGGCUUACUCAUCAGAUUUUGAUUCACAACAAAGUCAAGAAGAAGAAAGAAAAUCCUCGAAAGCAUCUACACUCAGUUCUCUCUCCCAUGCAUCACAGAACUCACCCUCUCCACCACCACCUCCUCACAGUGAGAGCACGUCAGGAUCAUCAAAAAGUAGUAGUAGGACUCCUUCUCUGUCUCACAAGGAAAAAGAUGAGCCUGUACCUCUUGAAGUGGCCGAAGAGGUUGUGAAUGUUGAAGAGAAUGGAGAGCUGUUUAAUGCCAUGGAUAAGGAAGAGAUAAUAAGAGGGAAAGACAAAGAGAAGGAGGAAGAGAAAGAGAAAGAGGAAGAGAAAGAGAAAGAGGAAGAAAAAGAGAAGGAGGAUGAAAAGGAGAAGCAGGAAGAAAAGGAGACAGAUAAAGAUAAGGACAAGGUGGAAGUCAAGGCUGACAAAACUCAAGAAAAAGUUGAGAGCCUUCAAGACAUAGCCCCAGAGACAAAAGUGACAAAUAAACCUCCAAAGGAUGGUGAUAGUGAUAGCCAGUUGUUAUCAGAUGAUGCCAUGAUAAAGGAAUAUCUUAAUCAAGUACUGAGAAGAGCUCAGUCGUACAUCAGUAGAGAGCUAAACAUUGCAGAAUUGGAUGAAAAUGAUGGAAUACAAGAAAGCAAGAAUGAAUUCAUUCCUGCUACUGAGAGUGAUGGAACUGACGUAUCUUUAAAAAAUUUUUCUUCCAAGCAGAAUUCACCAUCUUCCUCUUCUUCCUCUUCCAGUGUUUCUUCUACCCAUGGUAUUGAGA